CUGGGCGAGUCUCCUCCGCGUCUGUCUCCGUAGCUGCUUUUUUUUCAGAGAAAAGGAGAAGAGAAUUAGCUCUGGGAGAAGGGCCGUCGCCAUUAUUGGGAAGCUGGAAAAAAAACACUUUCACACAAGCCAUCUCUUGUUAAAUUGAUAAGGACGUUACCAAUUUGUUGCAUUAGGGCUGUUUAGAAGAAACAUUGUACAGGAAGUGCAGCAAACUCGACCGGUGUCCCGUGCAUGAUCGAUCYAGUAUAAUGUUGCCACAACAAUGGACAUAAUAAUUCGUCAAAAGCAACGUGGUGAAGCAAGGAGAAGACGGCGAAACAAGCUUUUAUACGACUUUCAUUUUUAACAAGGAGAGAAAAAGAAAAAAAUAUGUUUUUACCUUUGUAGUUUUAUUAUCACAAAAAGACGAACAGAUCAAUGGAUUAGAAAACCAUCGAGAUGUAGAUUUACAAUUAAUAUGCGACCAGGGCUGCGGCAAGCGCUGACCUGACGGAUGCAGGGAGAAUGCGAUGGGUCAUAGCUACAUUAGGAAUGACUGAGAGAAGCCUCUGUCUUUGCUACACCCCUGCACUGUUGUUGAUAGAACAUGUACCACACUAGAGGAAACGGCAACUAAACUCAAAGAAGCCCAUUGUGCUGGUCCCAUCCCCAAUGCCACUUUAUGGACACACGUCCAAGUGUACUCUCUGAUCGAGUGCCUGAUUAUGGCAGGAUGAGUGUCAGCUGAUGAUAAUGAUGGCGAAAAAGCACGAUGUUAAGUCACCCACAUACAACCUUAUUGUGGUGGGUUUGUCAGGGACUGAGAAAGAGAAGGGCCAGUGUGGAGUGGGUAAGUCCUGCCUGUGUAACCGCUUUGUGCGCCCCAGUGCUGAUGACUUCUAUCUGGACCACACGUCAGUGCUGAGCACCAGYGACUUYGGGGGYAGAGUGGUUAACAAUGACCAYUUCCUGUUCUGGGGGGAGGUGGGGCGGGUGGUGGAGGAGGGGCCGGAGUGCARGAUGCAUGUGGUGGAGCAGACMGAGUUCAUUGAUGACCAGACGUUCCAGCCACACCGCAGCACUGCCAUGCAGCCCUAUAUCAAGAGGGCGGCCUCCACCAAGCUGGCCUCUGCAGAGAAGCUGAUGUACUUCUGCACGGACCAGCUGGGGCUGGAGCAGGACUUUGAGCAGAAGCAGAUGCCUGAGGGCAAGAUACAGGCUGACGGGUUCRUGCUCUGURUGGACGUCAGUAGGGGGAUGAACCGCAACUUUGACGACCAGUUGAAGUUUGUCACAAAYCUUUAYGGUCAKCUGAGCAAAACAAAGAAGCCCAUUGUGCUGGUCUUAACCAAGUGUGAUGAGGGGGUUGAACGCUACAUCAAAGAUUCUCACACCUUUGCCAUCACUAAAAAGAGUCUUCCAGUAGUGGAGACWUCUGCACGCUCUAACAUCAAUGUUGACCUAGCYUUCMUURCUUUGGUGCAACUCAUUGAUAAGAGCAGGGGCAAGCCCAAGAUCAUUCCUUACUUUGAGGCCCUCAAGCUCCAGAGUCAGCAGAUAGCCYUGGCUAAAGACCGAUACGAAUGGCUAGUCAACCGCRUAGUGAAGAACCACAACGAGACCUGGCUUAACACCAGCMGACGCAUGCACASYKCUUCAGAGUUCAAWGAAUACGUCUUUCURGAGGGUACAGCRAAAUGCAARAAGCUCUUCCAGCAGCWUGUGUACCGUCUGAAACAGGAGCACAUUGAGAGACGUCGGAAAAUCUAUCUGAGCACUCUUCCUCUAGCACUUAGCUCCCUGGUGCCUGACCUGGAUGAGAUCGACCAGCUGAGCUGGUCUGGGGUUCAGAAGGUCCUGGAGUCCAAGCAGCACUUUKCCCACUGGUUUGUAGUUCUGGAGGACUCUCCAUGGGAGGACACGUCUCACAUAGACAACAUGGAGGAUGAGCGCAUCCCCUCAGACCUGCUGGAGACGUUACCAGCCGAGGACAUUUUCGACGCCCACCUGGAGCACCUGAGAAAUGAGUGCAAGCGGGCUGAGAUGAGGCAGGAGUUCAAGCACAAGUUGGCCUGUUCUCCCUUUGUCACGCCUGGCAAGCCCUGGGAAGAGGCCCGCAGCUUCAUCAUGAAUGAAGACUUCUACCAAUGGUUGGAGGAAUCAGAGUACCUGGACCUCUACAACCGCCACCAGAAAGAGAUCAUCGGCCACGCUAAAGAGGACUUCCAGGAGCUUCUGCUGGAGUACUCCGAGCUCUUCUAUGAGCUGGAGGUGGAYGCAAAGCCCAGCAAGGAGAAGAUGGGGGCCAUCCAGGAGGUUUUAGGGGAGGAGCAGCGGUUCAAAGCCCUGCAGAAGCUUCCAGCUGAGAGAGAUGCUCUGGUGUUGAAGCAUAUUCACUUUGUCUACCACCCCACCAAGGAGACCUGUCCCAGCAGCCCACAGUGUGGAGACUUCAAGAUAGAGCAACUCCUGGCCUCACGUUUCCCAACAUGCUACCCAUUCUUCAACGUGAAGUCUUAUUUUGGGGAUAUUAAAGCGGACCGAAUCAACCUUGUGAUAUUGGGCAAAGACGGACUGGCUAGGGAGUUUGCCAAUGAGAUCAGAGCUCUCUGUACCAAUGACGACCGGUAUGUGUUGGAUGGGAAGAUGUAUGAGCUCACCCUACGACCUAUCGAGGGCAAUGUACGACUUUCUGUUAACUCCUUCCACACUCCCACCUUCACACCCCAUGGGUGCCUGUGUUUGUACAACUCAAAAGAGUCCCUAACCUACGUCGUAGAAAGCAUUGAAAGGUUGCGGGAGUCAACAAUCGGUAGAAGGGACAGCCAUAUAGCUCAGCUUUUAACAUCUCUGCUCUUGGUUACUAAAAGGGGUGUAGGGACCUAUGCAGWUAUUGGGGGAGAAACUGCUUUAGGUCUGAUAACACAGGGACAGCAGGUAGCAAGGAGACUGCAGUGUAGCUUCCUCGACCCAGCCUCCCCUGGUGUGGGCUAUGGGCACAAUGUGAAUGAGAGUCAGAUCAACCAAGUAUUGAGAGGUCUUCUGGACUGUAGAAGGAGCUCAUCUUUCAGUAGCAGCUCCCCACCUCUGCCCCCUCAACCUCCAGGUCCCAGAGACUCUCCUCACCAGCCCAGCCCAGAGGCAGACAUCCGCAUCGUCAUGUGCUUGAUGUGUGGAGACAACUAUGACGUGGAACAGCUCCUCUCUCCCUUCCUACUGCCUCAGCACUGCAGGCCAACAUCCAACAGUGGAACCUCGGUGAUACUGGAGCAGACAGUGGGACCUCACAAACAGGUGAUUGAGCUCUCCCUCCUUUCCUACCAUGCCUCCUUCUCCCUGAGGAAGAGCAGAUUAGUGCACGGCUACAUCGCUGUGUACUCAGCCCGCCGCAAGGCCUCUCUGGAAACCCUGUGUGCCUUCCUAUGUGAGGUCCAGGACAUCAUUCCUGUUCAGCUGCUGGCUGUGGGGGAGAGCCAGGUAGAGCUCACAGAAAGUGAGUCUGCCAGAGAGCAGCUGGUCCAGGGAGAGGAGCUGGCCCAAGAGAUAGAGGGCAGGUUCAACAGUGUGGUGUGUGGGUCAGGAGGGGUGGUGGGUGGCCUGCACAGGAURGAGAUGUUUCAUCCCUUCCUGAUGGAGGUGGUGGAGAAACGCAACAUCGUGGAGGCCACUCACAUGUAUGAUAACGUGGCUGAGGCCUGCAUUAACGAGACUGCCUACUCCCCUCGCUGUAGCUCACCCAGCCCCGGCACCAUGUUCCUAGACUCUGACAUGGAUGACGUGGAGCCCUCCCCACCUUACUACGACGGCACACUCACCUCCCAUGGGGGGAGCUUCAACCUGCCUGACCUGGACUCCAGCGAUGUCUCUGUCAUCUCUGACAUCAGCUCCUUUGAGAACAAGCUCAAUAGCAAAGCCACGCCCCAGGUGAGACCCAAGCCCUCUGUGACCUUUGACUUCCGGAAGGUGGGCAGAAACCCCUACAACACAGACACCAUGGGCCACCGUCGCUCCCUGCCCUCUGCUGUGACAUGGGUGCCAGGUGGGGACGGAGGUUACGACCCCUCGGACUAUGCAGAGCCCAUGGAUGCUGUGUCCAAGCCCCGGCCCAGCAACGAGGAGAUCAUCUACUCUGUGCCCCAUGACAGCACGCAGGGCAAGAUUAUUACCAUCCGCAAUGCCAAUCGGAUGCACGCCAACGGGAACGGCUCAGACAGUGAGGCGGACAGCAGCUCCCUGGAGCGCCGCAGGAAGUUCUCGGCGGCGGGGGUAAAGCCACGGCUCUACCGCGACCGCUCUAAACGCCUGGGUAAGUUCAGCAGCUUCCGCACCAGCUUCAUUGGCAGCGACGACGAGAUGGGGGCUCUGCCAAAAACCAAGGAGGAUGAGUUCGGAACCCUGAAAGGAGACAUCAUCAACGAGGAGGGAGAGGACCCCAAGAAGAGGAACAUUCUGAAGAGCCUGCGGCGAACUGCCAAGAAAACCAGACCAAAGCCUCGGCCCUCUAUUCCCAAGCCCCUGGAGAGCAGCUACUUCGGGGUGCCCCUGGUCAACGUGGUGUCCCCAGACAGACCUAUCCCACUCUUCAUUGACAAGUGUGUCCGCUUUAUUGAGACCACAGGUCUCAACACAGAGGGGCUCUACAGGGUGAGCGGGAACAAGUGUGAGAUGGAGAGUAUGCAGAGGCAGUUUGACCAGGACCAUGGGCUGGACCUGGUGGAGAAGGACUUUGCCAUCAACACGGUGGCUGGGGCUCUGAAGGCCUUUUUCUCUGAGCUGCCAGAGCCUCUGGUGCCCUGCAUCCUGCAAGUGGAGCUGCUCGAGGCCUUCAAGAUCAACGACAGGGAACAGAGGCUGUACACCAUGGAAGGAUGUACUGAGGAGGUUCCCCAGAGAGAGACUAUGACUGUCUUCAGAUUUGUCAUGAGCCACUUACACAAACUCCACCACCAUGGACGCCCUGACGGCACGCGGGACCUACCAGACAAUCAUCGAGACCUUCAUCACCAGUGUGCUUUCUUUUCUACAACCAGCCCCUCCUGGACUCCCCCACUGGCCUGGCUGGUCUCCCUGCCUCCCUCCACCACCCUCUACCGGGGGCUCUGCCAAUUCCUGCACCACUCCUCCCCUCCCUCCACCGCCACGCACUUCAGCCUCUGCAGCAGUCGCCCCCACCACCCCCAGUCUCCCCUGCAGUCCCUCUGCCCCCUCCACCAACACCCCCACCAUACCACCCACCGAGCAAGAGACACUGUGAGAGACACUGAGAAGGGAACACAUGGUCACCCCUUGAUUGAUGCUGCUGCACACCUGAUCUGA